CUUCUUCCAUUCUUACAAACAUCCCCUUUGGAUUCAGAGAACGUGCAAAGUCAUCAGAUGGUAGACGGAGAAUGUCUCUACUCAUACAUUAUCCCGUCAACCCUAUGACAGUAUCAUAGCAAACAAUAAGGGUUGGGUAGCCCUGUAGGCACCUGCAUGCGGAACAAAUGUCCCUUGAGCAAACCGUUCACAACUGUUCUUUCUAUAUCCAGUUUGUCUGAUAUAUUACGAUUCACUUGCGAUUUCAAGAGCUACCUCGCGCGGUCCCUAGAAUGAAGAGUCAUCUCCCAAAGUCUGGGACCCAACUUUCCUGACAUGACACAAUACAACGUCUCAACGGCGAUGGCUCUGUCGACAUCACAGACAACAAGAAUCACUGCCAUGGAUAUCCCUGCAAUACCAGCGAACCAAAAAGAAAUCGUCAUGCAGGACGUUGCCGCUUCGGAUGCCGCUUUGAGCGAAGCAUGGAGGCAGUUCACCACAACCGACGCCACAGCUUCGGACCCUGUGGCCAACGAAGCAUGGAAGCGGUUCUACAAGACUAUCCCCUUUCUUGGUGUGCCCCCCGAAAUACACCUCAAAAUCUUUACCUUCCUCAAUCCUAUCGAUGCAGUGUGUCUCAGUCUCGUGAACAACUACAUGUACACCAUCUCUCCGCGUAUUGCGCCUCAGUCACAUCCACUUUCAAUUGGGGACCCGAGCUCCGCCUUCCCAGUUGAGCAGAUCGAAGGCUGCAAGCACUGCGUCCCAGUCCGGUUUUACCCUCAUCACUGCGAGCUUCAUUAUCAUUUACGGGGUUUCAUACCCAAGAAGUUUAAUUUCUGUGGCGGCCAGUGCGGAAAGUACACACUGUGUGAGCAGAAAGGUUUCAGCGACAGCCAUGAGUAUUGUGGAACUUGUGGGGUUAGUUAUUGGAGACGCUAUGAAAGGGGAAGACGCAUGUUGGAUAUGUUGAGACCUGGCGAGAAGCAGGAGAGGUUGUGCAAGUGGUACAAUGACCCGAAAGCUUGAGGAGAUGAGUAGUGAAGAAAUUUGGAGCUGGGAAGGCACCGUGGACCUGAAGUGUGUGCUUUGACAUUUCACGGUGUCGAUUUCAGCAAGGGUUUCAUUUGAUUUGGCCGCCUUCACGUGGGGUACUGGCGGUGUAUUUGACGGCUAUCACGAACGUUUGGGUGUCUAGACGGAGUUGUGGACGCUGUGCCAUUUUUCCUUUGAACACGCGACGGAGUACGGGGACGGAAAUCCCACAGAAGGGUUUUCCAGUCGCAUUGGAUUCACGUUGAUUUGAGCGAAGGUUUAUUAUUCGCAAUGGAGUUGUGCCGGGAUUUGGGACUGCGGGUUGAGUUGGCUGUUAAUGGUUGUACUGUUGGUGUAGUAGCCAAAUGAGAAAGCAUGGUCUUUAAAAGCUUACGCGUGAGCUUUAGCAUGGGUUGCAGCACGUUGUCCAGGAGCACCACAAAUACGAUAUCGU